AUGGCGUACACCGGCGCAGACGAGGAGUGGCGGCUGCUUCGGGGCGACGCCGGAGGUGGCCUGGAGUCGGCCCUGGGGUGGCUCCUGGCGACGGCAGAAGAGCCCGAGGAUUCCAAGGACAUCCUCCUGGGCGCCGUGAUGCUGGAGUACCUGGAGGGCCAUCGGGCAGCCAGCGAGGCUCCGGACAACGGCGCCGCUGGCGCCGAGAUCCGGUGCGAGCCAGGGGAGUGGACCUGGCUGAGCCGAUGUUUGCCUUCGCCGAUGUGGAUGGCGCAGCGGGUCGAGGUCUUGUUGGGGCAUGCCCUUCAGGUGCACAUCGACGGCCUCACGAUGCACAGCCGGGCGGCUGCAUGCGGGAUGCUGGCGCUCAUGACCGCCUGCCUGGGGGACUCCAAAGCAGCAGGCGCAAUGGCAAGCAACCACACAGUCGCCGGCAUCGCCAUGAAGUGGCAGCAGUCGGCGCUGUCGGAAGCCUCCUCGGACCCAGGCGAGGCGCGGCUCAUCGAGUGCAUCGCCCUAUUCCUGCUACAGCAGCUGGCCUCCGCUCCCUCAGCUGCGCUGCAGCGCAGUCCACUGCUGGCCAUGGUUUUGGAGACCUUGCAGUGCAAGCAAGGGGUAGCACUGCUGGCGCCCGAGGUCGCGGCCGUGGCCCUUUUCCGUGCCUGGGAUGUGGCGCAGCUACGAGACCUUGCAGCCGCAGGGGGGCAUGCGCUGGGCAAGAGGCUGAUU